AUGCUCUAUUAUAGCGGCCAUACUCGUCGGAUAGGUGAUGUCGACGAAGGAUCUACGGUCACCGACUUCCUUCCUGCUGAGCGGGCCCGUGGGAUCACCAUUCAAUCCGCGGCCAUAACCUUCAAAUGGCCCCCUGAUCAUGCUGCAACACCUUCAGGGCCUGCCGAUGAUGUUGAAGCUCAGCCUCGCGCACGUUUCUCGCAUACCAUCAAUCUGAUUGACACGCCAGGACAUGCUGACUUCACUUUCGAAGUCCGCCGGUCACUCCGCAUCUUGGAUGGCGCUGUUUGUAUUCUGGACGGUGUUGCCGGUGUCGAAGCUCAGACUGAGCAGGUAUGGGCCCAAGCCGGCGAGUGGAAUAUUCCACGAAUCGCGUAUAUCAAUAAAUUGGAUCGGGAUGGUGCUGCUUUCGGAAGGACAGUCCGUGAAAUUGGCUCUCGCUUGAGUGGUUGGCCAGCAGUCUGUCAAAUUCCCUGGUUUGAGGGCGGAAAGGGCCGAUUCAUUGGCGUCGGAGAUGUCAUUAAUCUGGAUGGAUUGUUAUACGAGUAUGGCGGAGAUGGCAAAGGGAUAGAACGUUAUCCCUUCUCGCGGUUGCAGCAAGAGCAUCCGGAAUUUGCGCAAGAAUUGCGAAGAGCAAGGACGGCUCUGGUUGAACUUCUCAGUGAACACGACGAUCAGCUCGUCGAAGCCUUUUUCGACGCCGAGGAAGACCAUCUUAAAGUGACACCUGCUCAAAUCUGGGACAGUCUGCGAAGGGGUCUCCUCACGCCGCAGAGCAUGAUUAUCCCAGUCUUUGCUGGGGCCAGCUUCCGCAACAUCGGAGUCCAACCGCUCCUGGACGCUGUCACCAACCUCCUGCCGGCCCCAGAAGAACGUCCGGAUCCCGAGAUUGGUCUCGGGCCGGCCUCCGGAGGGCUUUCGCAGUUGAUAAGAGGUGAUCUGUCCCUGGAAAAGAGAGCAUCCAAGUCCAAGAAGAAAGGCUCUGAAUUGGUAUCGGCAGCGGUCGGCAAGGCUUUGCAAGGCUGCGCAUUGGCUUUCAAAGUGGUCAAUGAUCCACGCAAAGGUAUGCUGGUCUACAUCCGAGUCUAUUCGGGGACGAUCGAACGCAAUGCUCUUCUUUUCAACACGAAUCUUCAGAAUUCCGAAAGGGUGACAACUUUACUCCGGAUGUAUGCUUCGGAAUCGGUACCUGUCCAGUCACUGCAAGCUGGUGAGAUAGGGGUUAUUGCAGGCUCGAAGUUUGCUCGAACCGGUGACACGCUCAUCUCAUACGCGGGAAACAAGGCCACUCCACCGGAACCAUUGCAGAAGUUGCAACUGCGCCCGAUUCGGGUGCCGCCGCCUGUCUUUUUCGCGGCCAUUGAACCAAACAGUUUGCGGGAAGAGAAGGACAUGCACGAAAAGCUGGCGCUGUUGUUGCGAGAAGAUCCCAGCCUCCAGGUGUCGCAGGACCAAGAUACAGGCCAAACACAGAUCAGUGGAAUGGGCGAAUUACAUCUUGAGAUCGCCCAAGACAGGCUCGUCAACGAUUUGAAAGCAAAAGCCCGCAUGGGCAAGAUAGCAAUCGGUUAUCGUGAAACACUGCCACAACCUUCAAGCAUCAUCACAAAAGUAUUGGAAGGAGACCGUGCAGCCUCGAAAGGUAAAGCCGGGUGUACGGCUUUUGUGGAACCUUUGGAAAUCGAAGCUGCUGAGCUUGUCCAUCACUCCGAAGACAGCUUCACUCAUGAAGAAGACGGUAACCUGAUCAUCAUCGAGACCCCAACUCUGGACCAACGAGGAAGAGCACUUGACAGUGACACGGGGGGCUUGCCGCCGCACCUCCUGCUCCCGGAAAUUCAGACCGCCUACCUCAACGGCGCGUUGGCAGCUUUGAGCCGUGGCCCAUCCUGGGGCUACCCCAUGCGCAACACGAAAGUCACCCUGACUCUUCGUCCCGAUGAGCACAUCUUUGGCACGGAAACCACUUACGGAUCUCUGACCGCCGCCGCUCGCCUGGCCACGAUCGCGGCAUUCAAAGAUGCCACUAAGAGCAGUCCCUGCUCGUUGAUGGAACCUGUGAUGAACGUCGACAUCAACGUGGACGAAGCAAGCCUGGGCACGGUCAUCCAAGACAUCUCGUCCGGUCGGGGUGGGCAUAUUGUCUCCUUAGGCGACCAUGAAGAAGAGCAUGCGCAGACUGGCUUGGAUUCCAGAAGAAUUGACGUGCGGAAGAUCUAUGCCCCCAAGGAUCCGUUUGAAUCUGGUUCAUCGUUGGCAGGAGAGGACCACCAGAAGGUCAAUUUCCAGAGGACUGUUAAGGCGAAGGUCCCCCUAAAAGAAAUGGUCGGCUACCUCAAACAUCUCCGCAGCAUGACCGGAGGAAGGGGGACGUUUGUGAUGAGUGUUGACCGAUUUGAGAAGAUCACAGGCCCUCGAGAGAAAGCACUCAUUGCAGAACUGCAGGGUGGACUGUGA